CUUCAGUUGAUUGUUUCAGAAGCGAGCCCUGAUUGGCCACAGCAAGUCUGAUUUGCAUAACCCCCAGGGCUAACCCAUUGAUGAAACGGACUACGUCAUUUAUUCGAUCUGAAGCUCGCGCGAGCGGACACGUGCGCAAUCCGUCGCCCGAAAAAGGAGGUUAACUUCUAAUAUCUCUUGGCCUGAGAUAGAGCAACUUCUCAGCAAACAUUCACAAGUGACAGAAACUUGAUCAAUAUGGCAAACAACGAUGGAGCUCAUCUGAAAAAAAAAGAGGGUAAGGAUGGACGCAGAGAGGAUCCUCCAUGUACCCACAAGUGCAGCGAGUGUGACAAGCAGUUUCGUUAUCUCAGUAAGUUAAGGAAUCACAUUCUUACGCACACUGGUGAAAAACCGUACAGGUGUGAGGAGUGCAGCAAACAGUUCAGUCAGCUGGUUAAUUUGAAGAGACAUAUGGGGACUCACACUGGCGAGAAACCGUACAGAUGUGAGCAGUGCGGCAGGCAGUUUAGUCAGCUGGGUGAUCUGAAAAGACAUAUAAGGUCUCAUACUGGUGAAAAACCCUACAAAUGUGAGCAGUGCAGCAAACAGUUCGUUGAUCAGGGUACUCUGAAGAGACAUAUGAGGACUCAUACAGGAGAGAAACCUUACAGGUGUGAUAAAUGCAACAAACAAUUUAGUGAACUGUCUAAUCUAAAGUCUCAUAUGAGGACUCACACUGGAGAGAAACCCUACAGAUGUGAGCAGUGUAGCAAACAGUUCAGUGAGCUGCUUCAUCUGAAGAUGCAUGUUAAAACUCACACAGGGGAGAAAUCUUACAGGUGUGAGCAGUGCGGCAAACAGUUCAUUGAUCAGGGUUCUCUGAAGAGGCAUAUAAGGACUCACACUGGAGAGAAACCCUACAGAUGUGAUAAGUGUGGAAAACAGUUCAGCGAGCUGGGUACUCUGAAGAGUCACAUGCGGACUCAUACCGGUGAGAAACCUUACAAAUGUGAGCAGUGCAGCAGGCGAUUCAGUAAGCUGGGUUCUCUGAAGACGCAUAUGAGGACUCACACUGGUGAGAAACCUUACAAAUGUGAGCAGUGCAGCAAUACAUUUAGUCAGCUGAGUAAUCUAAAUACUCAUAUGAGGAUUCACACUGGAGAGAAACCUUACAGAUGUGACGAGUGUACUAGACAGUUUAGUCUGCUGGUUAAUCUGAAGGCGCAUAUGCGGACUCAUACUGGAGAGAAACCUUACAGGUGCACGGAGUGCAGCAGGCAGUUCAGUGAACAGGGUUCUCUGAAGAGACAUAUGAGGACUCACACCGGUAAGAAACCUUACAAACGUGGGGCAGUUCAGUGAGACGGGUCAUCUGAAGACUGGGAAAAAAUGAUACGAAAAUUCUCUAGGACUCUAAUAGGACUCUCAAACAUGUUACCUAUGUACCUAAGAAAAAGGGAAACAAUUAUAGAAGUACUUGAAAAGGUUAAUACCAAUUGGCAAUGGUUUGAGUUAAGGAAUAAUGGCGUUAAUCAUGAUGUCCUUGCUUUAAUACUCAUGUACCACAAAAGACUCCACAUGAUAAAGCUGAAACACAACAAAACACCAAAAAAUAUAACAAGAACAGCAUUUUCAAGUGUGUAUAGUCUUUAUAAUCAUAGUUUGGUGGUUAAGAGUAGAGUGCAUGAUAGAUUUUGUACUAUGUAUAAUGUCAAGUAUAAGGGUGUUGAUAACAGGGCUACAUGCAUGGUAUGGAGCUAUCUAUGUUCUCAUCACUUCAAGGGAAGAGGAAAAGUACAUCUGUAUUAAAUAUAGCCUUUAACAACCGUGUAA